GCGCGCACUGAGGAGAGGAGCGAGCCGAGAGGAGAGGAGCCACAGAGAUAACACACACAAAAAAAAACAACUACUACUAUUUCUUUCCUCCUGUUUUCUUCUUUUUUGGUUUUUGAAUUGAAGCGCUCAGGUGCGCUCUCCUGCACCAGCUGGGCUUUUUGAUCCAGCGUUUCUUGUUUGUUUUUUUUAAGUUUGAGAGGAAGAUUUUUUCUUUUUUAAUCGUUUGGAAUCGGGACUUUCUUUUUUACUGACUUUUCUUUUUUCUUUUUCCUGCAUCAAGCAUGGACGUGCUGGCGAAUUACAGUAUUUUCCAGGAACUCCAACUCGUCCAUGACACUGGGUAUUUCUCCGCGAUGCCUUCCCUGGAGGAGAACUGGCAGCAGACAUGUCUCGAGUUGGAGCGAUACCUACAGACGGAGCCGAAGCGACUUUCGGAGCUCUUCGACGAGGAGCUGGAUUGUCUCUUAACACCGGCGUUCAUGCAGGGCAGUGAGAGCGAUGAGGACCUGAUGGACCCCCUCCUCCCCAACCUGCCUGAGCAGCCCAGCCCGCCUCCACUACUUGUAACUCUCCCCAAGGUCCCAGCCAAGAUCCUCUAUGUGCCAAACCCAAGCAAGACCCAAGCAGAAGCAGGGACCGAAACCCUCACGACCAAGGAGCAAAUCCUCGGAGGAGUCAGCGCCGCACAGCUUAGUGCUGCCGUCACAUCCCUAACGCCGCCGUCGUCACCAGAACUCGGCCGCCACCUCGUCAAACCCACACAAACACUGACUGCGACGGCAGACGGUACCUUAACACUCAAAUUUGUGGCAAAGAAGGUGGGAUUAGGGGCUGCAAAGCUGGUGGCAGCACGGGCAUUACCGUCCCCGCCAAGCAGGGGAGGGACAGUCAGUGACAGCGAGCAGGGAGGAGGAGGAAGUCUGGGAGGAGACGUACCAGAGAACAAGAAGAGAGUCCACCGGUGCCAGUUUAAUGGCUGCAGGAAGGUUUACACCAAGAGCUCCCAUCUAAAGGCACAUCAGAGGACCCACACAGGUGAGAAGCCCUACAAGUGCUCAUGGGAGGGCUGCGAGUGGCGUUUUGCCCGCAGUGAUGAAUUGACACGACACUACCGCAAACACACCGGAGCGAAGCCAUUCAAGUGCAACCACUGCGACAGGUGUUUCUCCCGGUCGGACCACCUGGCCCUGCACAUGAAGAGGCACAUCUGA